GAAGAAGAAGAAGGAGAAGAAGAAGAACAAGAAGAAGAAGAAGGAGAAGAAGAAAAUAGAAAGAGUAUAAACGUGGGAGUUUGGGUAAAAUGUUUCUUCGGAUGGAGCUUUUGAAGGCACUGGAACCUUUCUUCCUUUAGAGCACAGAGAAUAAUCAGAAGAAGGAGAUGGAAAAGAUGACAUCACUCCACUUGUCAUCAGCCACUGCUUUAACACCCUCCAGGAGACACUGAGAGGAAGUUAAAGUGAUCUUCUGGGGUAUCAGACAAGACAGGCAGACAAAGAGAAAACACCCAAAGCUAUUAGCCACACUAAAAGCAAAGGAAAUGGCUUUCUUGGACAAUCCAGCCAUUAUUCUGGCCCACAUCAGACAGUCCCAUGUUACCAGUGAUGAUACAGGAAUGUGUGAGAUGGUACUAAUAGACCAGGAUGUGGAUCUGGAGAAGUGCCAGCUGGCUCUGGUACCUGGCAGCACCUGUGUUUCAGGCUACCAGAGUGAAGAGGGCAGCAGUGUGACGGAUAAUCAUGCUUGUGACCUUUCCCAGUCCAUGGACAUCACCUCCAGCUGGGACUUCGGAAUCCGUCGGCGUUCUAACACAGCCCAAAGACUUGAAAGGCUAAGGAAAGAACGGCAGAACCAAAUCAAAUGUAAAAACAUUCAGUGGAAAGAGAGGUCUUCAUCCCAGUCAGUGGAAGAUCUGGGGUCUGUGUUUGAAAAACGAGACUACAAAGACAGGCCCCGGUUAACAGGUACUAAAUCCACCCUUUCACUGCGACUGGAGCAGUGUCCCCAGCAGCUCAACAACCCCUUCAACGAAUACUCCAAAUUUGAUGGCAAGGGCCAUAUUGGCACAACAGCUACAAAAAAGAUCGACGUCUACCUUUCAAUGCAGAUGGCUCAAGAGAAAGUACAUCCAAUGACAGUGGUGACCAUCGCAAAUGCCCGUGUCCAUGACCUCAUCGGGCUCAUCUGUUGGCAGUACACAAGCGAGGGACGAGAACCCAAACUCAAUGAGAAUGUGAACGCCUACUGUCUCCAUAUUGCAGAGGAUGAUGGUGAGGUGGACACUGACUUCCCUCCACUUGACUCCAAUGAGCCAAUCCACAAGUUUGGUUUCAGCACGUUGGCCUUGGUGGAAAAAUACUCCUCUCCUGGUCUCAUAUCCAGACAGUCGCUGUUUGUCAGAAUAAAUGCUGCUCAUGGUUUUUCUCUGAUACCUGUGGACAGUUUGAAGGUAACUAUGAAGGAAAUUCUCCAGAAAGCACUCAAGAAGAGGAAAGGCUCACAGAAAGGCUCAGGGCCCAUGUAUCGCCUGGAGAAGCAGACAGAGCCGAACGUCGCAGUAGACCUGGACUUGACACUGGAGAGUCAAAGCACCCUGGAGUUUUGCCUUGUCAGAGAAAACAGCUCUAGGGGAGAGGAGAGUUCAGAGGAAGACCCUCCUGUUGACAUCACCACAGUCCAAGACAUGUUGAGCAGUCACCACUACAAGUCAUUCAAGAUCAGUAUGAUCCACAAGCUACGCUUCACCACAGAUGUCCAGCUAGGCAUUUCAGGAGAGAAGGUGGAGAUUGAUCCUGUUACCAAUCAGAAGGCCAGUACUAAGUUCUGGAUACGGCAGAAACCCAUCUCUAUUGACUCAGACCAUCUCUGUGCCUGUGACCUUGUAGAGGAGAGAAGCCCCACUCAUGCAAUUUUUAAGCUAACCUAUCUCAGCAACCAUGAUUACAAGCCCCUCUAUUUUGAGUCCGAUGCUGGUACUGUCAAUGAAAUAGUGCUAAAGGUGAACUAUAUCUUGGAGUCGCGUUCCAGUACGUCUCGGGCUGAUUACUUUGCUCAGAAGCAGCGGAAACUGAGCCGCCGGACCAGCUUCAGCUUCCAGAAGGAGAAGAAGACUGGCCAGUAGACUGACCUAAGCUGCUCGGCCACCUGUCUGUCUGUAUGUACACAGACAUGAUAGUCUCAUACACUGACAGCAUCAGGCUAAACAGGACUGGAGACUGACUGGACAGUCAAGAAAGAAGAGAUGAGAGCAGGAUACACAGCUGAAACUCCACUAGCGAAGAGAGAAGACAAGUGAAAACAAAUGUGAAAAAGAAAGACUUGUGGGAAAUGUUGGUUGUCAUAUUGCCAUCAGUUCCUUUUUUAUUCACUGCCUCUGAAUUUAUCUAUCCUCCAGGAUGGAUUUGUACAGCUUGGACACGUUGGUUUGUACACCCAACAAUCAAAUCAAAGCUACAUCAAAUCAUGCUACGUGUUUUCCUCAAGGUUCCUGCAUCUUUUUACACAAUACAAAAUGAAAAGGCUUCUUGUUUUAAUGUACUGUAGUUGGUAUUUUAACUUGAGUAGAUUAAAUCUAAUGAUUAAAUAGCCCUGUCUGGACUAAAAAACAAACAGGUGAGUACCUUCUGUCUGACUCCUUAACAUUAUUAAGGCUGUUUGAUUGGCCUGUGAUAAAUCUGUUUGCAGGUUUCUUUUUGAAACUGUAAACAAGACCUGCAGCAAAUUAACCUUUUCAAAUAAAACCGUCUGUGGGACGAGGUAUGUGCUUCACAUACAGACAGAUGUCUGAAGAAUAAGUAGGGAGAAGAGGUGAAGAUAAGAUAAAAACAGUAUAAUGCCGUUAACUGUAACAGCACCACACACUGCAGCCUACAAAAUUAUCCAUGCGGUUUUUAAAACAUUUAACAGGACUGGACUAGCGGACUAGCUGGGUUUGCCUAGUGAGGACAGGUGUUUGAAUGCCCUGGUUUAAAUGCUUCAUCCUUUAUCCCUACACAUAGUCUGAGCAGCUUUUUGGUAAUUGCACACCAAACAGGUGUAGGAACAUACACGGCUAAAGCACAAACCACCAUUGUCAUGAACCUUGCCCACCUGUUUAGUAGAGUACAAACUUAAGGAGGGAAAUCAAAGUUUUCUUCAUCGAUACAUCUUUAACUUUCCUUAAAAUGAACAUUCCUUAUCCCUAACCCUAAAGAGUCCUGUCCUAUGCCAACCCUCUACCCCAGCAUUCAUAUCCAGGGAAAUGUCUAUCAGAAGUGGGAGGAAUUUGAGAUGUAUUGUCCAUCUUACACUGCUCAAAAAAAUUAAAGGAACACUUUGAAAA